AUGCUGCUUCUUCCUUUUACCGGACUGCUCCUUUCAGGAUUGGCAUCUGCCAAUUCUGGCAAUAUCAAUGCCUCAUCAACUCAGACGGGGCUCCUUACUACUUCCUCCGGUACCCUACAAGUUCCCAACGGCGCUUCAUGUGCUUGUGCAAAGCUCUCUCGAUUGAUUCCGGGAACCGUGAUUCUGCCUGGGUCAUCGAACUAUACUACCCAAACCGUCGAUACGUACUGGGAUAUCCGUGCAAACCUCUCACCCGCAUGUGUGAUCGUCCCUCAUUCUGUUACUGAGGUCUCUCAAGCACUCAAGAUUAUCAGUGCCUGCGGCUCGCAGUUUGCUGUUCGUGGCGGAGGCCAUAUGAACUACCCUGGAUCCAACAACAUUGAUGCUGGGGUUUUAAUCGCUAUGUCGAAUUUGAACUCGGUCAACGUCAAGAAAGACAGUGUAGAGGUUGGCCCUGGUCUCAACUGGUACCAGGUGUACUCUGCGCUCGAGCCCUAUGGCCGUGUCUGCAUUGGUGGCCGUAUGAAGACGAUUGGUGUUCCUGGUCUGACCUUGAUCGGCGGCUUCCAUUACUUCAACAACAAGUAUGGAUAUGCUAUGGACAAUGUCAUCAGCUACGAACUUGUCCUCGCCAAUGGCACGCAGAUUUCAGUCACUAAAGACUCACACGCCGACCUCUUCUGGGCACUGAAGGGCGGUGCAAACAAUUUCGGAAUCGUCACAAAGUUCGAGCUCAAGACUUACGCUAUGCCGAAAGUAAGCACUACCAUCCAGGUUUUCAAUGAGACACACAUCCCUCAGUACCUCUCUGCUGUUUGCGAAGCUGCCAAGCUGGACGACAAGGAUCCCAUUGCCGCUGGCAUGAUUGCAACUGUUUCCUACAAUGCCACCACGAAGGUCGCACAAGGAUCCCUCUUGGGCGUUCAGGAAGGAGCUAGCAAGCCUCCUUCUCAGUUCUCCAACUUCACCAAAAUCCCUGCUACAAUGAGAAUCAACAAUGUCACAUCUAUGGAGAAUUGGGCCAAGACACUUGAUUCCCCCAAACAGAUGAUGAGGGUUCAAUUCUCGCACCGCACUAUGAAGCCUGAUGCCAAGGUUCUUUACACCAUCUACCAGGCAUGGAAGGCUGCUGUCGACAAGAUCGCCGAUGUUCAGGGUCUUUAUCCAACCUUUGUCACCAACGUCAUCUCUCCUUCUUCUGUGCGAGUGGCGAAGACCAACGGUGUGGGCAACGUUUGGGGUCUUGAAGAAGAGCCUCUUAUUAUUUGGCAAUUCAGCACUGGCUGGGACCUGGCUCAGGAUGAUAUUCGUAUGGAAGCUUGGUCUCGUCAAUUGACCGAGCAUCUUCACGGCAUCAACAAAGAGUUGGGCAUUUCUUCCGAGUUUGUUUACAUGGGCGAUGCUGGUGAAUGGCAGGAUCCUUACCUUGGCUUCCCCACUGAGAAUGUGGCUCGCUUGAGGAAGGUCAGAUCUGCCUAUGACCCUGCUGGGGUGUUUUCCACCCUUAGCUGGGGAGGGUUCAAGCUUGGUUUGUAG